UAUUACGCAUGCGUCGCUGAUGUUCUGCUUCGUUUCUCGGUCGCCAUUUAUCGUCGCUUCUAAAAAGGUAUCCAGAAUUUCGUCAGUAAUUAGAAGUUAACUAAAGAAUAAAAAUAUAUUAAAAGAAAUAAAUGAAACAAUAAAACAAGAUAAAACAUUAUGUGAGAAUGGCAUCUCGUGCAAAGAAAAUCUUAAGCACUUCUGAAGACAAUAAAAUUACAAAUGGAGCUGUUUCAUCAAAUGAUAUCAAAAAUCAGAAAGAUGGAUAUGAUUCAUAUUCUGAUGCAUCAAAUAAUAAUGAACGGCAGUUAAUAUGUCGCAGUUCAAUGAUCUGUUCUGCCGGCAGUGAUAAAUAUACAUAUGAUUGUGAACCACAAAUGCCAGUGCCUUUAAAACAGUUUGAAAGAAGUGAUGAUACUUUUCGAAGUGUUAGUGAUAUAUCAUCAUUAAGUGCCUGUGAUCAAAUUUCACUUCGUAGUGAUAUAGAAUAUUAUCCUGUGGUAAAAAGAAAUUCUCUUGUACAUCCUGGAAAAAUAGAACUUCAGAGGUCAUUAUGUGUUAAUGGUCGUUUUCAAAAUCCAUGGCCAACUUGGAGACCACCUACAAUUACAAAUAUAUUGAAAUUUGGAUUAUCGAAGGACAAAAGUAAUAUUCCUACAAAGCAGGAAUUAGAUCUUGUUUUGCCUAUUGUAAAACCUAGAUUUACUGAUUAUAUUGUGCCUCCUGAAGAUGGUGUUAGAGUUACUUGGCUUGGACAUGCAACAGUAUUGGUGCAACUGGAUAGUAUAAAUAUUUUAACAGAUCCUAUAUUUAGUGAAAGAGCAUCUCCCAGUCAAGUUGUUGGUCCAAAAAGAUAUAGAGAUAUACCUUGUUCUGUUUUUGAAUUGCCAGUUAUUCAUGCUGUAGUUAUCAGCCACACCCAUUAUGAUCAUUUAGACUUAAAUACAGUUGUGCAAUUAAAUUCAAGAUUUGGCUCAGAAUUAAGAUGGUUUGUUCCUUUGGGUUUACUUACUUGGAUGCAGCAAGUAGGCUGUGAAAAUGUAGUAGAAUUAGAUUGGUGGGAAGAAAAUACUAUUGGAGAGAAUAAUGAUGUUUCAUUUAUUUUCACUCCUGCACAACAUUGGUGUAAACGUACUAUUACAGAUGAUAAUAAGGUACUUUGGGGUAGUUGGUCAAUUGUAGGUCCUAGACAUCGUUUCUUUUUUGCUGGAGAUACAGGAUACUGUGAUGUUUUUAAACAAAUUGGACACAUGUAUGGACCAUUUGAUCUUUCUGCUAUUCCAAUUGGAGCAUAUGAUCCAAGGUGGUUUAUGAAAUAUCAGCAUGUAGAUCCAUUAGAAGCAGUUAUGAUUCAUAUGGAUGUUCAAAGCAAAUGUACUGUGGCAAUCCACUGGGGAACAUUUUCUUUAGCAAAUGAGUAUUAUUUAGAUCCACCAAUAAAGUUGCGAGAGAGUUUGGAAAGAAAUAACUUACGACCAGACUCAUUUUUCACCCUCAAGCACGGAGAAACUAAAUUGAUUCGAGAUGGAAUGAAAGUACGCUCAAGAUUAAAUUGAAUGAAAAUCUGUGUUUUGUUUUGUGAUAGGAUGUAUGUGCAGAUGAUAAAUUUUGUUAAAAAUUUGUACUCAUAUACGAUAUAACUAAUCAAAAUAAUUUUGUUUAUAAAGUACAAUACCUGUUUUAUCACUGCAUUUUUAGCAGUUUGCACUGUAACAAAAUCAAU